GCGGAGCGCAUGCUGUGGCCGAGCACAGAGAAACUGCGCGCUCUCAUACCGACACACCGUAUUCUCCCUUUUUCCUCCUCCUCCUCUCAGACACUUCCCAAACAAAGAGAAACACGCGAGGCGGAGGAACAGAGUGCAUCCGUCGGGAACCACCGAAUCCUCGUUGAUCAGAAAACACACACCGAUACACUCUGACCCGAACCGGUUGGAACCGAGAGGAGAUUGAUUGAUCAUGUGUAGUAACGGAGCAAGUAACGGGACAAGCGAUAUGCUUCAGAUCCAGUUCGGUUUGAUCAACUGUGGGAAUAAAUACCUAACCGCAGAAACGUUCGGUUUUAAAAUCAACGCGUCGGCCACGAGCUUGAAGAAGAAGCAGAUUUGGACUCUGGAGCAGAGCGGGGAAGAGGCGACCGGUAAUGUGUUCUGUCUCAAGUCGCAUCUGGGUCGGUACAUAGCGGCGGAUAAAGACGGGAACGUUACCGGGGAUAGUGAGAGUUCUGGACCCGAGACCCGGUUCAUCAUCACGGCUCACGACGAUGGGAGAUGGUCUCUGCAGUCAGAGGUCCAUGGCAGAUACCUGGGAGGCACAGAGGACAGGAUCAGCUGCUUUGCCCAGACUGCAUCAGUGGCUGAAAAAUGGAGUGUUCACAUUGCCAUGCAUCCUCAGGUGAACAUCUUCAGUGUGACCAGGAAGCGUUACGCCCACCUGUCCUCCAAGGUGGACGAGGUCUCUAUCGACCGCGACGUCCCGUGGGGUGUGGACUCCCUGAUCACCCUGGUGUUCAGAGACCAACGCUACCACCUGCAGACGUCUGACAACCGCUUCCUGAAGAAUGACGGCAGCCUGGAGGCGGAGCCGGACAAGACCACCGGAUACACGCUGGAGUUCCGCUCCGGCAAGGUGGCGUUCAGGGAUUGUUCCGGGCGCUACCUGGCGCCGUCGGGCCCGAGCGGGACCAUGAAGAGCGGGAAGACGAGCCGCGUGGGGAAGGACGAGAUGUUCUCUCUGGAGCAGAGUCACCCUCAGGUGGUUCUCACCGCCGGCAACGAGAGGAACGUCUCCACCAGGCAAGGCAUGGACCUGUCAGCCAAUCAGGACGAGGGAGACCAGGAAGUGUUCCAGGUGGAGAUGAGUCGUGAGAACAGGAAGUGUGCUUUCCGGACCGCCGCCGGGAAGUACUGGACCCUCACCUCUUCUGGAGGACUACAGUGUACCGCCUCCACUAAGACUGCCAACUGUUACUUUGACAUGGAGUACUGUGGUAAGAAGCUGACUCUCCGUGCCGCCAACGGGAAAUACGUCGCAGCCAAGAAGAACGGCCAGCUAGCCGCUACCAUCGACGUUGCCGGUGAGUCGGAGGAGUUCCUGAUGAAGCUGAUUAACCGUCCAAUCAUUGUCCUCCGUGGGGAACACGGUUUCAUCGGGUGUCGUAAGGUCACAGGAACCCUGGACUCCAACCGUUCCUCCUACGACUACUUUACCCUGACCUUCAGAGAGGGGACGUACAGUUUACAGGACUCGACGGGGAAGUUCUGGAUGGUGGGCAGCGAGGCGUCGGUGGUGAGCAGCAGUGACGACCCCGUCGACUUCCUGUUAGAGUUCUGCGACUACAACAAGGUCGCUAUCCGCUCCGUCGCCGACGGGAAGUAUCUCCACGGCGACCACGCCGGCGUCUUGAAGGCCAACGCCGACGACCUGGAGACCGCCACGCUCUGGGAGUACUGACCCCCUUCCUCGAGACCCCGUUACUACGACAACGAAGCGGCAGCAGCAUCCCCUAACUCCUCCCUCUAUCUAUCCAUCCAUCCUUCUCUCAACUCUGUCCUAACCCGACGACCUGGAGACCGCCACGCUCUGGGAGUACUGACCCCCUUCCUCGAGACCCCGUUACUACGACAACGAAGCGGCAGCAGCAUCCCCUAACUCCUCCCUCUAUCUAUCCAUCCAUCCUUCUCUCAACUCUGUCCUAACCCCCUCCUAGACCAGGGCUGUGUUCAGUGGGGUGAAAUGUUCACGAUAUCGUAGAUGGGGGGGGGAAUGUAAGACCUAGAGCUGACCCCAUUCUGUUUUCACUUGAUAAUGAAUAAUCUAAUCUACAUCAUACGUUUCUAUGUGACAUUCCAUCGCUCUGAACAGAACCUUUUUUUUGUGUGAACUGGACAAAGGAGGGAGAGAAAGAGCUGGGGGAGGUUAUGUCCUAAUGUAAAGGCUUUCUUCACAUCUCUCUGCCUUUUCCUCCCUUUUCUCUCUACCUUUCCCUCCCUUUUCUCUCUCUGCCUUCCCCUCCCCUUUUCUCUCUCUGCCUUUCCCUCCCCUUUCUCUCUCUGCCUUCCCCUCCCCUUUUCUCUCUCUCUGCCUUUCCCUCCCCUUUUCUCUCUCUGCCUUUCCCUCCCCUUUUCUCUCUCUGCCUUUCCCUCCCCUUUUCUCUCUCUGCCUUUCCCUCCCCUUUUCUCUCUCUGCCUUUCCCUCCCCUUUUCUCUCUCUCUGCCUUUCCCUCCCCUUUUCUCUCUCUGCCUUUCCCUCCCUUUUCUCUCUCUCCCUUUCCCUCCCCUUUUCUCUCUCUGCCUUUCCCUCCCCUUUUCUCUCUCUGCCUUUCCCUCCCCUUUUCUCUCUCUGCCUUUCCCUCCCCUUUUCUCUCUCUGCCUUUCCCUCCCCUUUUCUCUCUCUGCCUUUCCCUCCCCUUUUCUCUCUCUGCCUUUCCCUCCCCUUUUCUCUCUCUGCCUUCCCCUCCCCUUUUCUCUCUCUCUGCCUUUCCCUCCCCUUUUCUCUCUCUGCCUUUCCCUCCCCUUUUCUCUCUCUGCCUUUC